AUGUUAUAUACAUGGUAUUCUUUCCUGCUGUGUUGGAUGUCCUUGCAGCUUGAGGCUAAUCCUGGUCUUAAAGUGAGGAUUACUCAGAAGGGCCUGGACUAUGGCAGGAAGAUUGGGAUGGAACUCCUGAAGCAAGCAGUAUUGAAAGAGACCUUCCCAAGCUGGAGUGGGCAGGAGAAUUUCUCCAUUGUUACAGUCAGUUAUGUAAUGUCAAAGCUCAGAUUCAACUCUGUAGAUUUCCCAGAAACUUCUGCUUCCUUUAUUCCUGGCACUGGCAUUAGUCUGUCAGUGGCACAUGCUUCUGCUACAAUCAGUGCAGACUGGAGAAUGAACACAUGGCUUCUGAAUGACCAAGGAGGAAUUACUGUGUCCAUCUCAGGACUGUUUAUUGCAGUUAUCUUCAAAGUGUCAAGGGACAGCACAGGUUGCUUGUCCGUUUUGCUGCACGAUUGCCAGCUGACCAUCAAUAGUGUAAAAGUUGAGUUUAAUGGAGGAUCAAGCUGGAUCUACAGCUUUCUAUCUGGUUAUCUUGAGAAGCCCAUUCACACCAAAUUGGAUCAAAAUAUAUGCCAAAACAUUGAAUACAAAAUCCAGAUGAUGGAUGCUCAUAUAAGAAAGCAGAAGGUCUUAAGACACAUUGAUGCCUUUGCACAAAUAGACUAUUCCCUAGUUAGUUCUCCAGCUGUCUUCAAAUCACACAUUAACUUGGAUUUGAAGGGCACAGUCUAUCCAGUAGGAAACCACACAGACCCUCCCUUUGUGCCAGCUCCAUUUGCUCUCCCAAACCAGGAUGAUUCCAUGCUAUACCUGGGUGUCUCCAGUUAUGUUCUUAAGUCUGCUUCACUAGCUUACUACAGAGCAGGGGCUUUUAGCAUCACCAUCUCUGAAGAGCUUGCUACUACUUUUAACCUAAAUAUUGGCUUAUUCAAAGAUUUUGUUCCUGAGAUUGCUCUGAGUUACAAAAUAGCAUGCCCAGUGCUGCUGAGGCUGAUGGCUACAUCACCACCUGCAGUCAGUUUAAAUGCAGACAGAUGCAUCCUACAGAUCACUGGCUGUGUAGAAGUGUUUGCUGUUCUGCCAAAUUCAACCACCCAGUACAUCUUUACAGGCAAUCUAACAGCCAGUACCAGAGCCAAUUUGACAAUAACCAAACAGAAGUUGAUUAUCUCAUUACUUCUGAAGAGGCUCCAGUUCUCCCUAAUGCACUCCCCUCUUCGCUCCUCUGAGCUGACUUCACUGAUGGAGAAUUUUCUGUCUUAUGCUUUAUGGAAUACAGUGAUCCCAAUAAUCAAUGAUAAACUAGGAAAAGGAUUUCCUCUUAACUUGGCCCAUACUACCCUGGCUGGACCAGUAAUAAAAAUUAAUCAGGAUCAUCUGGUGAUUUCCACGGAUGUUCGCUACAAACAUGAGGAAGAGGGAGAUUAA